AUGGAGAAGAGAGGGGCUUUAGCUGGGUUCGGUUCCUACAACGAGUUAUCCCGGUUACCCUGGUUAUCCCGGUUACCCCGGUUUCCCGGUUACCCCGGGCAGAGCUGCGUGUCCCGGCGGGGCACUGGCCCCGGCCCGCGGGGAUGCUCAGGGUCCGUUCCCCGCAGGAUCGCCCCGGCGCUGCUGAGACAGGCGUCCUACGGCACCAUCAAGAUCGGCAUCUACCAGAGCCUGAAGCGGCUCUUCGUGGAUCGCAUGGAAGAUGAAACGUUGCUCCUCAAUGUGAUCUGUGGGGUGGUCUCGGGGGUCAUCUCCUCUGCGCUGGCCAAUCCCACAGACGUGCUGAAGAUCCGAAUGCAGGCUCAGGGCAGCUUGUUCCAGGGUGGGAUGAUCGGCAGCUUCAUUGACAUCUACCAGCAGGAAGGUACCCGAGGCCUCUGGAGGGGAGUUGUCCCCACGGCCCAGCGAGCGGCCAUCGUGGUGGGAGUGGAGCUGCCGGUCUACGACAUCACCAAGAAGCAUCUGAUCCUGUCAGGCCUGAUGGGGGACACCAUCUUUGCCCACUUUGUUUCCAGCUUCACGUGCGGGCUGGCGGGGGCCAUCGCCUCCAACCCCGUGGACGUGGUGCGGACGCGGAUGAUGAACCAGCGCGCCAUCGUGGGCAGCACCGAGCUCUACAAGGGCACCCUGGACGGCCUGGUCAAGACGUGGAAGAGCGAGGGCUUCUUUGCACUCUACAAAGGCUUCUGGCCCAACUGGCUGCGUCUGGGUCCCUGGAACAUCAUCUUUUUUAUCACAUACGAGCAGUUGAAGCGCCUCCCCUUCUGAGAGCUGCCUUCAUCUCACCAGAGUCAUCCUCGGGGCUGGCAGCAGAGCUGUGCUGCCGCCUCCCCCUCCAUCCCCCCGUCCCCAAGUCGUGUGUUUGGUCCCUGUGGGCUGGGCUGUCCCCACAUGCAUGGUCCCUGGAGCAGCCGGGAGCUGCGCGAUUCCCACCGGAGGUGUCCGUGUGCCUGGGCCUGCAGGAAUAUCUUCUGUGAAGAUCUCUGCAUUCCAGUGGCCUUUGGGGCACUGUGGCUGGCAGGUGUGGGUGUCCUCCCGUGCCCCUGGGGCGAGGCUGGGGCCCAGGAAGGUGCCAUUAUCAUGUUUCUUGCAGAACUUGUGACUUCAUUAAAUUAUUUAUUGACUGGA